GUAGUUUAUUGUGAGUUUUUGAGAGGCGCAUCUGUCGUUUCCCGUAGUGGUGGACGUUCUUAAUACCGUUAAUACCUAGUUGUUCAUUGUAUACCAGGGUUUACAUUUGUAUCUCCAGGUGAUAUACAAUAAUUUUAUAACCGCCGUGAAUAAAAAAGCGAAAGCACAAAAAACUUUGAACAAACGAAUAAUAAUAACCUGCACCCGCGUUCGAUCACAAGCGAGGGUAAAAUCCUCCGUUUAUGUCCGAGGCCACCCUAGUUUUCUUGGGGAUAAUCAACAGUUUUUCCGAAACUAAAUAGUUACGAGAUACGUUUCAAUUCACGCGACAGUGAAGAUUGUGUUUCUGUGUGUUGCAGUUGGUCAUAACCAAAAUGGCGGGGACUGGCGCUAGUGGAGCAACGAGGAUUGGCGCUGAGCGCUGAGAACCGAGGAAUAAUUGAAAACAUCAGAGCAGAGAUAAUCUGCCAAAAUGAAGAUAGAUCGGUGUAGACUGAAAAAAUGCACUUCCGAAGUGCCUACGGAGUGCCAGGCAUUGAUCAGCAAGCUCCGAUCAUGCUCGCACGCAGAGUUACUGGAAGAACUAAAACAAAUAGAUGCGUGGACCUUUGGAAAAUGUGAACUUUUUCAUUGGAUCGAUGUACUAGAUCUUAGCGAUAGUAUUUUAGAAGAAGCUGCGGCUAAAUCUAUCGACAACCAAUGGGAACUCGCUUGCGAUCUUCCACAGAACAGAGAGGCAAAAGAACUGCUUCUCUGGGUACUGCACUUCACAACGCUUUUGAUCGAGCAUUCUUUUUCACGUCAUUUAUACAAUAGUAUGGAACACCUAGUGACGUUAUUGUCUAGUUGCGACAUGCACGUCGUUCUCGGUGUCCUAAAUCUUCUCUACAUGUUUAGUAAACGUAGUAAUUUUAUUACACGACUGAACAGCGACAAACGACAAGCUUUGCUCAGUCGUCUGAAUCAUUUAGCCGAGAGCUGGGGUGGAAAAGAGAAUGGUUUCGGUCUUGCUGACUGUUGUAAAGAACAUCCUGAGAAGCCAUUUCCUGCAAGUGCAACUACUUUGCACUUUGAGUUUUAUGCGGAGAAUCCUAUCGUCUCUACAACUACGACAACAACUACAACUGCAACGGAUUCGCCUGUUCCCAGCAAUGCUGCAACUAGUGGAGGUUCUGGUACAAAAAAAAGUGGUCAGACAAAUCUUGUGACUUACAUUCACAUCGAAGGUGUUGAUAAGCUACGUAAAACUCCAGCACAAAUAAUGAAUGAUUUGUUAAAAAGUUACAACGUCCCUCAAGAAAGACAGAUGGCACUGUUGACUCACAUUAGGCUCGCCCAUAGCUUCUCAGAUUAUCGUAGACGUUUGCAUUGUGUUCAAGCGAGAUUACAAGCGCUCUCUGUACUUGUUUAUAGCAACGCUCUUCAGGAAAAUGCUCACAGUUUAUUACAUACCGGUUUGCUGGAAGAACUAGUGGAACUUCUCGAGCUUCCUCAUGCUCAUCUUGUUGAAAUUCGUGCUGCCGCACUAAGGACGUUAACUAGUAUUAUACAUCUAGAUCGUAAUCCACAUUUUCCAAAGAAACCAGGUUCUCGGUUAAACAUGAUAAUAGACGUCACUGGCGCAAGUUCGUACCACGGGUUCCUACCCGUACUUGUACGCACUUGUAUUUCAACCCUUACUUCUCCACAACCAGAUGGACAACCGUUCCCGCUUCCCCUUGCUACCGCUUUGUUUAGUUUUCUCUAUCAUCUCGCGAGUUACGAAGCAGGAGGAGAAGCUUUGGUCAGCUGCGGGAUGAUGGAAAGUCUUUUAAAAGUAAUCAACUGGCCCGGAAGCGAACUUGAACAUAUCACGUUCGUUACACGAGCGGUGCGAGUGAUAGAUUUGAUAACAAAUAUCGAUAUGCAAGGAUUUCAGGCGCACGGAGGCCUGAUUAGUUUUAUAAACAGAUUAGAUAUGGAAGUGAAUGUAUGCAGAAAAGAACAGCCUUUCGAAAUUGAACCCCAACAACAAACCAAUCAAGAAGGGCAACCCCAACAGCAACAACAACACCAAAUGACAGAAAGGACCGUGCAGGUGGACGAAGAUUCAAGUCCUUCCCAAUCAAACGAGACAUUUGAUGAACGCGAAGAGUCUUCAAAUCCAAUGGAAUUUUCAGAGGAUGAAAAUACCAGUUCCAAACUUGAAGAUAAGCGAGAACCGCUGCCCGAUUAUUCUGGAGCAAAAACAGGGAAGACUUGUCUUCCCCAGAGAGCUGCGCUACUCAAGUCCAUGCUGAACUUUCUCAAGAAGGCUAUACAAGAUCCCGCUUUUACAGACAGCAUUCGACAUGUUAUGGAAGGAACUUUACCUGCUUCUUUGAAACAUAUUAUAAGUAAUUCCGAGUAUUAUGGACCCUCGCUAUUUUUACUCGCAACGGACGUAGUUACCGUCUAUGUUUUUCAAGAACCAUCGCUGCUAUCUUCCCUACAAGAUAAUGGCCUCACCGAUGUUGUUUUGCAUGCUCUUUUAAUCAAAGAUGUACCUGCAACACGAGAAGUCUUGGGCUCUUUGCCCAACGUUUUCAGUGCUCUUUGUUUGAACCAGCGAGGACUUGAGUCUUUCGUAAAGUGCCGUCCCUUCGAGCGAUUAUUCAAAGUCUUACUUUCUCCUGUGUACUUGUCGGCAAUGAGACGAAGACGCAGCGCUGACCCCCUCGGAGACACAGCUUCUAACCUUGGCAAUGCCAUGGAUGAGCUGAUGAGGCAUCAACCAAGCCUCAAAGUUGACGCCACUGCCGCCAUAAUCAAGCUACUGGAAGAACUCUGUGUAUUGGGUUGUGACACUCGUUACGUAUGCUGGCGGGCUGCGAGCAAAUCAGAAAAUUCUCCGUCCAGUUCAAGUUCGAAUAACCGCCAAUCUUCCAGACAAUCCGUUCGAGUUGGGAUCGGCAAUGGAGGCAGAGGUGGCGGCGGUGGUGGUGGAAGUAGUAGCGACGAAGAAGAUGAGGACGAGGAAGAAGCGAGCACAAGUUCUCAUCCACAACGGGAAGAACAGCCUUCUCCGUCGCCAGCCCAACCUGGACCCCCUCCUCAACCAAGGGAGAAGACACCUAUAGCUUUAGUGGAUUAUAUUCACAAUGUCAUGAAAUUCGUCGAUGCUAUUCUCAGUAACAACUCAACUGACGAUCACUGCAGAGAAUUUGUUGCUCAGAAAGGACUCGUUCCUCUUCUCUCUAUUCUCGGAUUACCCAACCUUCCCGUAGACUAUCCAGUCGCCCAAGCUGCCCAGGCCGUUGCCUCUGUCUGCAAAAGUAUUUUGAACUUGGCCCACGAGCCUUUGGUACUGAAAACAGGUUUGUCGCAACUUAACGAAGUCCUGAAUCUCCUUAAACCACUCCAUUGUCACAUGGUAUCGCCGGGAGGUUCCGUUCUGCUGCACGAACUUGCUUCGGCUUCUAAUUUAGAGACGGCAUUUGCCAGUGAUCAAGCUACUCCGUUACUUCAUGCGAUGAAUGCUGCCCACGGUUACGUUGUCAUGUUCGUUCACGUCUGUCGGACCGGGCAGAGCGAAAUACGUAACCUUUCCAUUAAUCACUGGGGAUCUGAUCUUGGCUUAACCGUACUGAAAGGACUAUCGCAGUUAUACACUUCACUUGUUUGGGAAAGCACACUACUGCUUGCGUUAUGCAGCGACGACAUUAUUCCUGCAGGCUGCGACUUUGGAAAAGAAGAUAUGGACAAACUUGUACCACCGGAGCUCAGGGCCGAAGGUGAACCAUCGUCAUCGUGGGCCGCUACUACGUCAUCCGAUAUGGGUAGCAAUGGAAUGACAACCGCUAUGGAAGCAUUAAGUACCGAUCCACCGCCAGUAUCGAUGGAGGUAAUCAAAAUUCGGGAUUUAAUUGCCCCGAGGGUGGAUGAUAAACCUGGCAGCGUGACUGGAAGAACCUCACCCAGUACACAUCAACUGAAAUAUAUCAAACCUCUCCUCGGAGCGUCUUCCAGACUCGGGAGAGCUCUAGCCGAAUUAUUUGGCCUUCUUGUAAAGCUGUGCGUCGGUUCACCUAUAAGACAACGGAGGGGACAGCAACUACCCAUGACUGCACCGCUACCAUCGCAGGCAGCUCGAAGCGUUGCCAAGGCGCUAAACGGUCUACUUACCCGAGGACUAUCCUGGGAUAAACUGCCGCCUUCUCCGAUUCCCAAAUUUCGACUUACUUUUCUUAUUUGCUCGGUAGGAUUCACUUCCCCGAUGCUUUUCGAUGAGAAAAGACAUCCCUAUCAUUUGAUGCUACAGACUUUCGUUCACUCUGGAGGUCAAAAAGCAUUUUUUGAGACAUUCCAUUGGGCAUUAUCCGGUGGUGGACAGUUUCCCUUAUCAGAGGGACUAGAGCAUCCAGAUCUACCAGACGGAACCGGUGAAUUUUUAGAUGCCUGGUUAAUGUUAUUAGAAAAGAUGGUCAAUCCAAAAGCCAUACUCGAUUCACCACAUGCUGUUUCCUCAAAGGCGAUUGGUGUUUAUAAAGUCUACGAAACGUUCGAUCCAAUAAAAUAUCUCACCGACAUUCACAAGAAAGCGUUUGAAGCCGUUAUGCUCAUGUGGGGUAAAAAACCUCUGAAAAAUUAUGGCGCACGAAUGACAGAAUCAAUUCUUUCCAUCCUUCGUCACAUUCUUCGUGGAGAAAAAAUCAUCAAGGAUCGUGCGGAGAAAGGAGAAAGUACAGAGAGCACUGCAGCUGCGGCUGGUGCGACUGGACCAAGCAGUUCGUUAAACAGCGUAGCCCCAUCUGCAACUGAGCGCAGAGAUGAGCCGGAAGCAGACGUUAAUCCUCAACAUUUACGUCAACUAAUGGACAUGGGUUUCAGCAGAGCACAUUGCAUCGAAGCCCUCCUGCACACCCUCAAUGUUGAACAAGCGACGGAUUAUCUUUUAACUAAUCCCGCUACUCUGCGCAGACCUGAUGCCUCUGCUGGAGACACCAGUGGACAAGGUUUGAUAAUGGAUUUAGAAUUGGUCGACGACGAUCAGAUAAUGCAUGCUAUAGCAAUGUCUCUCGGAGACGCAGAUCCACGAAAGUUUGUCGGCCCAGAGGAGCCUUCCAAAGAAUCUUCACCGAAGAAGAGUAUAGAUGAUUUUACACAUAGUUCUUUAGAACAGUGUUUGAAUCUUCUGGAUCUCAUGCCGGAUACCGUCUAUAGAAUUUGUGAUCUACUCGUUACUAUUACCAAAAGAAAUGGAGACGAAUGGCGUGACAGCACUCUUCGUCAGUUGAUAAGAGAGAUUGGAAACCUAGUCGACUUUUUAAUCGAUAUAGCAGAAAAUGGAGGCGAAAACAAUGGAACUAAGUUAAUAGAAUGUGAAGAAGCUGGAAAAGUUGCUGGACGAAUAUAUCUUUACACGUUAUUCUUUGAGGGGCCGUUCCAAGAGAUGCGCGUACCUUGCGCCCAGAUAGUUGAGGAAUGUGGAAUCCCAGAAAAACUUGUGCGGUUAUUAGUUGCGAGUGAAGCUCCGCUGACUGACUCAAAACUAAACAAAAACUCUAAGGAUAGUAAAGACCCGAUCGUUCCACUCAAAACUCCAAAAUGGUUAGCGCCGUUGCUCUUGCUUAUCGAUCGUCUAGAGAAAGUUGCCGUCCACACACAGCGAAAACAACUUAUGCACAAGGUGACAAAUCGAAUUUGGAAAUGGUACGAUUUGACUACGGGAAAGUGGACGCCUUAUUCUGCCAUAAACAAUCGAGCAAUAAACGAUGCUUAUUGGGCAGGAGAGUCGAACAUACGGAUAACUUGUAAUCGGAGGAGAUAUCUCAUCACAUUUGCUUGCAUGAGUCAAGUCAAUGAGGACAGUGAAAAUAAAAGGCCUAUUGCGAUGGAAUUCAAAAUGAAAAGUCCCAAUAAUGAAGAUGGUUCCGCCGCAUCGGAAACUAAUAUGGAAACCGAAGAAUGUUCCAGUCCUGCUAGCAGCCCUGAAGAAGAAAAACGCAACACCGUCGUUCGAGGGCUAGACCCUGCAAUUGCACCAAAUAUUGUUCGGGCGUGUGUCAAACUUCUGGCAAUCCCAGUUGACCGCGAUGCGCUACACGCUUUGAUGAAAGUUUGCUUGAGAUUGACCAGAGAUUUCAAAAAUGCCGAGGUGUUCGCCCGUGAAGGAGGCGUUAAACUUUUACUCGACAUGACUCAGGGAAGCAGUUUCAUCGGAUGCAUCAGCCUGAGCACACUUCUGAUUAGGCAUACGUUGGAAGAACCGCGAACGCUUUGUCUGGCGAUGGAGAAGGUCAUUCGUGCUCGAACGUUGACCAAUAUCCCACCCAUCUAUAAGGAAUUACAUUACAUGACGAGACACAUCGAUAGUGCCGUGUGUCGGAAUCCAGAAGUUUAUAGGGAAGUUUGUGAAAAUAUUCUUAGAGUCGAUAUCAAUGUUUUGAAACGAGACGACGUAGACAACAGACUACUCAUGAAGGUAUUACCGCCAACACAUUCUCCUGCGAUGCCAAUGGUUGAAGAAGUCUCAAUCGGCGUUGUUCAAGAACUCUUAAAUGCCCUCAUCAAACCGAUGCCAGUCACGCCAGACGACGGAUCCACUACGCCGGCCGGAAGUCCUGAAAAAAAGACACCUCAUCCUUCCACCUCCGCCACAAAUGUAUCCUCUCAUUCACGCAGAGAUAUCUUGCGCAGCAGCACCCACGCGAACAACAACCCCCUAGACGACGACGAUCAAGUGUCACAAAUAAUACCAUUAAAGAUGUACACGGAUAUUAGUAACAAUGGUAAAGUCGAACCGGAAGAAGCUAGAAAACCACUGUUGCCGAAAUCAGCAAUUCUGAAAAUGUUGGCCGAAGCUGUGCGCUCUUACGGGGCCGUAGCGAAUCUAAUUACCGAACACACCUACAGAGCAGCCCAAAGCGAACUUGUCAACGAAGAUACGACAGCCCUUGCAUUUUUGCUCGAUAAAUUAUUACCGAUGCUUCCUGAGAAUACUGGCGAUAGGCAGUGCAGCAGCAUGGCUAGAAUGGUCAUCGCUGCAUUAGCAUCAUGCAAUCACUCACCCGAUGCCCAAACUACACUGGUAACCGAAGUAAAAGCUGCUCUCACAAGGUCAUUGGCAUUACCAGAAUGUUCCGAGAAACACGCGCAGCUCCAACUUUUGAUCGGAUUAAUUUCCACCAUGAUCGAUAACUGCCCGCCAACCGCUCCCUACCAUGUCAGGGCAACGUUGAAGCUCCAUCAAUACACCCAUGUUAAUAACAUUAUUAGAAUUAUGGUGAAGAAAGGGAUCGUUACGGAUCUAGCGAAGAUUCCGCACAGCCUCGAUCUCUCCAGUCCAAACAUGGCAGGGACGAUCAACGCCGCUCUAAAACCACUGGAAACAUUGUCGAGAAUCAUCAAUCAGCCCAUACCGGGUGCGGUUGGUUCUAAAUUCUCUAAAUCAAAGAACAGUCGGAGCGUACAAGAAGAACCCAUUGGAGAACAAACUGGAACGACAAACUCUGGAGCUACUCAUGCUGUAGGCGAAGAAUCGAACGAAGACGCAGAGAAUACCGAACACGAUAUUUCUAUUGCCGCAGAAAGUCUCGAACCGACCUCCGAAAGUCACGUGCAUGAGGAGGGAGACGAGGCUGCUCUGGACGAUAUUAUGGAUCAGCUUUUAGAGAGUGUACUUUUCCCCAGGGAUGGCUGUGCCAUUACGGAGGAGCCACCCUCGAGGCCACACAGGCCGAUGGAUAUCGACGAAGAAAGUUUGGCUAUGAGAGAAGCCGAGGGAGAGUUUGACCCGGCGCGAGACACCACAGUAAGAGAAGACUUGAUGAGCUCUGAUUCAGAUUCCGACAGCAAUCCCUCGGAUGAUAACGACGAUGAAGUUCAGGACGAUGACGAUGACGAGGAGGAGGAGGAAGAUGACGCUGAAGAGAAUGAAGAAGAGGAGGAAGAAGAGGAGGAGGGUUCGUCGAACUAUGAGGAAGAUGGAAUGGAGUUUUACGAAGACGUCGGAGAAGGUGUCUUCCGUAUGUUGCCAUCUGCCGAUCGCGACAGUGGAAAUGUCGUGAUGAUUCAACACAAUUCCGAUAAUCAAGACAACGGCUCGUCAACUCCAGCUUCUACCGGGCCAAGUCUUCCAUGGAAUACCAAUUUCCCAUUGCCGUUUGGCUUGUUCGAGGACCCCACCGCCGUUGAAAGUAAUGGUAUCAAUUCCCACCCUCUUCUCAUGGCGCGUAAUAAUUUAGACGCCGCUUCCUUACCUGUUCCGAGAGGUGCUCGUACGCUUCGUCAGCGUCGUUAUCAAUACCUUCACUUAGCAAACCCUCGGAAUACCAAUCCACCGGUCAUUUUACAAAGACUUCUCGGGCCGACGGCACAAACGCUUCCACUUGCCACGAGUCAAGUGUUGGCGUCAAGUUUCAGAGAUACCAGAGUAGUCGUUGUGGAUAACGGACUUGGAUUAUUUGCGAAUCAAGAAGAGGAGCAUAUUGACUUUGUCGAUCAAUCCGGGUAUCUUUACGGCCCGAGUCUUGCAGCGACCCUUAAUAAUAUACCUACUGCAUUGCACUGGUGGAACGAAGAGAGUAAACUUCUCGACGGAGAUUCUCAGGCUGAUUGUUGCGCUGUAGUCGUACAGAAGCUGAUACCGGUCCUCGAAAAACACAAGAGUACAGAAUUACCGUACAGAAAAGAAAAGCGCAAGAAAUUGCAUGUUGCCGGUGAAAAAGAACCAGAUAAAGACGAUAAAGCGGAGAAGGAACAAGCGAGCAAUACCGAAUCCGGUGCCGCAGCGACUCAAGUACCUGCUGAGGAUCAAAGAUCGUCGGCGACAACGAGUGCUCAGGGAGAAGAUACGAGGCAGUUGGUCGCAGCUAUAGAAGCAGCUCUGCAAGAACGUAAUCCCGACGAAGAUUUAAUCGAAGUAACCGGAGAAAUGGAAGUCACUGUCCAAGAAGACGAGGAUCGAACACCUCCCCCACCACCCGAGGAACAGCGUUCCGAAGCUAGAGAUCCUAGAACUGUGAAUCGAAACGCUACUCUCGAACUUGCCGAGAGCAUAGUCGACUCUGUUCUUGGUCCAAGUGCUUCAGAAGCCACCAGAUUGCAACGGCAUACCGUGCAAAAUCCCGAAGACUUGUCACCUAUCAUUUUACGGACUCAUCCGACGCCAGUAGUCGUCGACUUUAAUCAAUUUCAAGAGCUUUUAGCAGAACAUGAGAACAGCAGUGAUCCCACGGAUUGGAUUAGGCGUCUGUUAAGCGACGAAACGCCGCUCAAUGUUGAGCGAAAUGCUAACGUCGUUGGUCAAGGUCCGAGCUCCUCAACGACAGAGAGUAACACGCAAGAAGCUCAAAAUACACAACAACCGCAACAGCAAGAGCAGCAGCUACCAGACGGUGUAGACCCAUCUUUCCUCGCUGCAUUACCUGAGGAUAUGCGCGAAGAAGUUAUCGCUGAACAGCUCAGGCUUCAGCGUAUCAGACAACGCACACAAGCUACGGUCGUCGAAGAACCCACUGGCCCGGUGGAGAUCAAUCCAGAAUUUUUAGCCGCCUUACCGCUCGCUAUACAAGAGGAAGUUCUCGCGCAACAAAGAUUAGAGCAACAACGUCAUGCCGCGGCGUCUGCUAAUCCAGAAGAUCCCGUAGAUGCGGCUGCUUUCUUCCAGAAUCUGCAACCCUCACUUCGACAAGCGAUCCUUGCCGAUAUGGAGGAAUCGCAAAUCUCCGUACUGCCUCCAGAUCUUGCUCAAGAAGCCCAAAGUUUAAGGAGAGAUUGGGAGGCUCGUAAUCGACAAAUGAUUCAAGAGAGAUUUUUGAGUCAAGUCAGUCAGAGCAGUACAGCGUUGUCCAGCAUAUUGAGGAACUCUGGCCGGGCUCUUAAUAAUCGUUUAGGCCGAGGAGGCGGAGCUCGUUACGCAAUUCACACGGUACCACAGCGUGCGCAAUGGAAUUCGUGGAACCCCAGAGGCGAAGCUGGAAUAACCCACCAAGGUGCGGGAUUGCGACUGAGAGGACGUCAACUUCUAGACUACGAAUCUAUGGCUUGUCUCUUGGUAUUGUUGUUCGUUGACGAGCCAAAAAUCAACACGUUGCGCCUUCACAGGGUAAUAAGGAACUUGUGCUACCACGGAAGUACCAGGGAAUGGGUCGUCAGGGCAUUACUUUCUAUUAUGGAACGAAGUAACGAUGAAAGUAAAGAUUCUGCUGCCGAUUUUGGCGGAAGAUUCAAGAGGAAAGGAUUAUAUCCAAUGAUCGACGUUGGGUUGCCAAAGGUCGUUGAGACGCGUAACAGCGCUCAGUCUUGGCUAAAUAUCAGCAUGGACGCUGCACUCGGAUGCAGAGCAAAUGUAUUCCACGUUACGAGACACGGAGGUAAAAGAUCGGAGAGACAGUGCAACAUGAUCGCGAUACAUCCGCAAGCAGCUCCCACAGUAUGCAGGCACACGUUGGAGCUGUUGAUAUCAUUGGCUAAAAGUUUCCCCGGCUAUUUUGUUCCCUUGAAGUCUAAAGAUUCCGAGGAGAAAGACAAAGAAAAAGAAAAGGAAAAGGAGAAAGAGACUAAUGCGAAUAAAGAUGAGACGGGUGCAAAAACAAAGUCAGCUUCUAAACCUGGAAAGAGUGACUUGCCAGAUUUUUGGGACAUGCUUCUACGACUGGACUCUUGUGCCUCGAAAAAAGGAAAAUCUGUCGCUCGUACACACUCCUAUUCAAAUUUGGGAUCCGAACCUGAACAGAAUACAACGUCAUUCGAAAUAUCCGCUUUUGGACAAUUAAUUUCUAUGCUUAAUUGGUCCGUUGUUAAAAGAAGCAGUCAACUGACCGAUAAACUUUUGAGACUUUUGUCCCUCAUAUCCAUCGGUCUUACGGAAGUGAAUCCUUACCGUCGUCAAGAAGGAGCUAAAAAUAAAAAGGUAGAGGUUUGCAAGGAACAAAGCGUUGCCGCUCCCGAAGGACACCUCAGACUUGCGGUUCAAGUCCUCACGAGCAAAAGCUGUUCGGAGGAAGGAUUGGAGGAUGCAACCGCGCUUCUUCUAAAUCUAUCGCACUGCCCAGAUCCUACCAGGCAAUUGAUAUUAAAACUACUUUUGGAAGGUGCCAUGGAAUUGGCCAAUAUGGUUUGCGAGCACAUCAACGAUCUUAUGAUGGAGUUGAAAGUUUUAAACCGUGAAAUCAACCGACGGUAUUCGUUGGAAGAACAGCCAUCGACAAGUUCCGGAGGUGGCAGCGGACGUGGUAUUCUCCACGAUCGUUUCACAAUGGACAACGUGGUUGUGACAGCGCCCAGUAAAGUUAAAGCAGGCAGCGAUCUUCAACUGCCAUCAAUGGGCGCCCUCGUUAGCAAAACAUCUAGUCAAGCAUUCUUUUUACGUAUACUUAAAGUUAUCGUUCAAAUAAGGGAGGCGGUUCGUUUGGCCCAUAAGAAGAAGACUGAAGUUAACCAAACUGCCGAAACAGCGAUGGACACGGGUACAACGAGUCAACAACAAGCACCUGUCGCAGUUUCAGUAGCAGAAGAGAGCAUAGAGACCGUGGCUAUGGACACGGCGCAGCCAACGGCCUUGGCAUUGGAAACGUCCAAGACCUCGCUCGAAAGCGCUGAAACUUCUACUUCCACCACACGAGAGGAAGAAGAGAAACCCAUAUUACCAUUGCUGAGCGAGAGUCUUGUGCUGGACAAUCUUUGGGAAACCUUGAGCGCUUGUUUGCUGGAACUUGAGCAUACGCCGGAUCAUCACGCUGUUCUAGUCUUACAGCCGGCCGUGGAAGCCUUCUUCCUGGUUCAUUCGUCGUCUAGUACCCCGACUCGGGAAAGAAGCAACGACACGACGACCGAAUCUCGAGACGUUGUUCCAGAUUUAGCGCCCGUAUCGCCUAUAUAUUCCGAUAACGAAGGCACUUCACAGCCUGAAACUGUCGUUAGCAGUUCUUGGGACGUAGUGCCAAAUCCUCAAACUACCUUACCUUCGGAUCAAUUAAAGUUUUUGAAAUUUGCUGAAACCCACAGGACAGUUCUCAAUCAAAUUCUUAGACAAACAACAACUCACCUGGCCGACGGACCAUUUUCGGUACUCGUAGAUCACACGAGAGUAUUAGAUUUUGAUGUGAAAAGAAGAUACUUUAGAACCGAGCUAGAAAGAUUGGACGAUGGUAUUAGAAGAGAAGAACUCGCCGUUCACGUCCGUAGGAGUCAUAUAUUCGAAGAUUCAUUUAGAGAAUUACAUCGUAGAAACGCCGACGAAUGGAAAAAUCGAUUCUAUAUCGUCUUCGAAGGCGAAGAAGGCCAGGACGCCGGGGGUCUGCUUAGAGAAUGGUACGUGAUAAUAUCAAGAGAAAUUUUCAACCCAAUGUAUGCCUUAUUUACUGUGAGUCCCGGUGACCGAGUAACGUACAUGAUCAAUUCCUCGUCGCACUGCAAUCCGAAUCAUCUAUGUUACUACAAAUUUGUGGGCAGAGUAAUAGCCAAAGCUAUCUAUGACAACAAAUUGUUGGAGUGCUACUUUACGCGUAGCUUUUAUAAACACAUUUUGGGAAUACUCGUCAAACACACCGACAUGGAGAGCGAAGAUUAUAGCUUUUAUAAAGGAUUAGUCUAUCUUACCGAACAUAAUGUAUCAGAUCUUGGAUACGAACUCACAUUUUCGGCCGAGGUCAAUGAAUUUGGAGUUAACGACGUACGAGAUCUGAUUCCGAAUGGUCGAAAUAUCGUUGUAACUGAGGAAACUAAAUUAGAAUACAUUCGUUUAGUUUGCCAGAUGAAAAUGACCGGAGCAAUUCGUAAACAAUUAAACGCGUUUUUGGAAGGAUUUUAUGAUAUAAUUCCGAAACGACUCAUCUCUAUAUUCAACGAACAAGAACUUGAGCUGCUUAUCAGCGGCUUACCUAACGUAGACAUCGAAGAUCUUAAAGCCAACACGGAAUACCACAAGUAUAGUCCAACUUCGUUACAGAUCCAGUGGUUCUGGCGAGCAUUGCGAGGUUUUGAUCAAGCGGAUAGAGCGAAAUUUCUUCAAUUUGUAACGGGUACAUCCAAAGUACCGUUGCAAGGUUUCGGAGCCCUAGAGGGCAUGAAUGGCGUCCAAAAGUUCCAAAUUCAUCGAGACGACAGAUCAACGGACAGAUUGCCCUCCGCGCACACAUGCUUCAAUCAACUGGAUUUACCAGUUUACGAGACAUACGACAAACUGCGUAGCAAUCUUCUGAAAGCGAUUCACGAAUGCAGCGAAGGCUUUGGAUUUGCUUAAAUAUCAAUCACUCGGAAGGAAAACGGAACAAAAAAUAUAGAUAAACAUCGCAUACCACAAGUUUUUUUCCUACGAACGAAGUCUCUUUUUCCAUGCUUGUCAGAAAUGUCGAUGAAUCUGUGGAAGAAAAAGAUUAAAAUGAGACGAACACGUUGAACAGAUCUUCGUCUCUAUCGACUCGACAAACAUCAGGUGGAGGAGCAACCGAAGGUAAACGCUUGAUCUUAGCUCAAGAUCUCCUAUAAAUAAAUCCAAACUACGAUGAAUCAACUGAUAAAAAAAAAAGAAACAGACGACAGCAACAAGAAACAAACUAAAAUAUUUGCUAUACAUUUCAACAUAUUUCAUAUGUGUAUGUAUAUACUAUAUUAUCUUAUAUAUUAUUAUGUUAUUCUAUACAUAUAUAGUAAUAAUAAUAAUGAUAAUAAUACUGAUAAUUGAAGUGAAUAUAACUUGUAAUUAAUAAGGUAACUAAUUUCGAUGCUUACCAACGUUAGAGUUUAUUUUGUUGAAAGAAAAAAAAAGGGAUCUUCGAAAAGAUGAUACAGAGAGCUUAACGAUAAUUCCCAUAGCAAAGCGAGAAAUUAUGGAGGGAAGAGUAACUAAGUAUAACUGAAACAUAAGUUAUAGUUAAACGAACGAAGGAAGAUUAAAUGAAGAUAAAUAAAUAAUAGUUAUGAAUAAUAUGUUAAUUAAGAAUACACCUACGCUGUAAGUUUAGUAUAGUUAUUAAGGAUUUACUAUAUUAAUAAAUAAAUAACUAAAUACAUUAUGUAAGUGUAUUAGAUAGGACACUAUAUAAUGUAAGGUAUACAUACUUCGUAAUGGUAAGCCGAAAAUAAGAAAAGAAAUAAAAAUAAAUAAAACGAAAAAGAAAACACACGAAAAAAAUUCAAAAAUCGAGCAAAAAUCGUAUUGCACUACGUUGUAAUGAAAUUGCAUGAGAGAUUAAAACAGUUUAACGAAA